AUGGGCAAAAUGGACAGAUUGCUAAGGAAAAACACGUUUCUGAUAAGCUGCUGGAAGAUGAAGAACUUGAAAUGCUGUAUGUGUUCAAUGGCAUCACAUUUACCAAGUGAAGAUCGUACACAGGAGGCUCAGCAGAGGCGUAUGAACCCCCUUAAUAUACAGAUGCUCUCCAAAGGUCUCCAUGAACAAAUAUUCAGGGAUAAACAAGAGCAUUACUCGAACGAAAGCAUUCAGAAGAGCAUAGACCAUUUGCAGAAUCAUGGGCUAUGGGGUCAAGAUACCUCUACUAUCCAGGACAUGGAAUUAGAACUGCCCAGGAUGUAUGGCAGUAAUAUCGAUGAACAUUUCAGAAUUCUAGCUCAGAAACAAAAUCUUCCAUACCUGGAAGCAGCUAACGAUCUAUUACAAUGUCAGAUACCAGAGCUACCGCAAGAAUGGGCCUGGCACACUGGAUGGACGAAGUAUACCAAGGGAGGAGGAAGAGAGCAGGUCGACUUCCCGGAUGAAAAGGCUCUGGUGUUCGAUGUGGAGGUCUGCAUGUCUGAAGGGCAAUGUCCAACUCUAGCUGUGGCGGUCUCCCCCCAGUGCUGGUACUCUUGGUGUAGUCAAAGACUAAUAGAAGAUCGAUAUACGUGGUCUAAUGAAAUGUCCUUGUCUGAUCUCAUCCCACUUGAGACAUCGCCAAAGUCAAACAUUACAAACAAGCACAGCUGGUACCAGAGAUUAGUGGUGGGCCACAAUGUCAGCUUUGACAGAGCGCACAUCAAGGAACAAUACUUUAUAAAGGGCUCAAAGAUGCGCUUUAUGGAUACAAUGAGCAUGCACAUGGCUAUCUCAGGCCUAACAGCAUUUCAGCGCAGUUUAUGGAUGGCUAGUAAAUACGGGAAAAAUAAAGGAUUGCAGGAGGUCAAGCAGCACAUCAUGAAAACUCGACACAAGUAUGAUGGCCCAGCUAUUAAUUCAUGGUACUGGGUAAAUAUAAGCAGCAUUAACAACCUCGCUGAUGUCCAUGAUCUGUAUGUUGGCGGGCCACCUCUGAACAAGGAAAGCAGGGAGCUGUUUGUAAAGGGAAGCAUGGCGGACAUCAGAGCAGACUUCCAGAAUCUCAUGAAGUACUGUGCCCAGGAUGUACGUGCAACACAUGAAGUGUUCAGGGAACAGUUUCCACUUUUUAUGGAGAGGUGUCCUCAUCCGGUGACUUUGGCCGGCAUGUUAGAGAUGGGGGUGUCCUACCUGCCGGUGAAUCAGAACUGGCAAAGAUAUAUAGAUGAGGCUCAGACUACGUACGAGGAGAUGCAGAAGGAGAUGAAGAAAUCUCUGAUGAACUUGGCUAACGAUGCUUGUCAGCUUCUCUCAGAUGAUGCGUACAAAACCGACCCUUGGCUUUGGGAUUUAGAAUGGGAUGUCCAAGAAUUCAAACAAAAGAAGACAAAAGUCAGCAAAAAGACAAAAGAAGUAAAAUCAUUCUCAGAGCAUGCUGCAGUAUCCACUAAUCACUCAGAUUCUCAGGAAGAUCCUGGUCCUCCCAGUGAAGAAGAAGAAUUGCAUCCUCCUCCUGGUAAACUUUAUUUGGAGAAGAUUAUAGAAAAGACUUUACCAUCCUUACCAAAACGAAGCCAACACAUGCCGGGACAUCCAGGUUGGUAUCGUAAGCUUUGUCCUAAACUGGAAGAUCCUGAUUGGGUGCCUGGUCCGAGUCUCAUCAGCAUCCAGAUGCGAUUAACUCCGAAACUAAUGCGUCUGACUUGGGAUGGCUUUCCUCUGCAUUUCUCGGAGAAGCAUGGUUGGGGCUAUCUUGUUCCAGGCCGGAAGGACAACCUGUUGGCCAAUCAAGAAGAGGAUGAUGAUGCUGCUGGUGCUGCUCUUUGCCCAUACGAAGCAAUUGAAGAUUUAUACGCGGAAUACAAGAAUAAAGCUAAAGUGCAUCAAGAGUCCUCUGUUAAUGAAGAAUUCUUGCUAACAGAACAGAGCAGCAUCUGGCAAAAGGUAGAGGAACUCAGUCGGCUAGAGACAGACCUGGGCCCUGAAGCAUUAACCAAAGCAACAUCUAAGAAGGGAAACAAAAAGAAAGAGCUCCCUGCUGUAGAUGAACCCACAUUUCAGAACACGGCACCUAAUCACCAUGGAAAUGGCCCUUGCAGUGAUGUCAAUGUUUCAGGCUGCUGGUUCUACCGUUUGCCGCAUAAAGAUGGCAUUGCCAACAAUGUGGGUAACCCAUUUGCAAAGGAUUUUCUCCCCAAAAUGGAAGAUGGUACUUUACAAGCCAGUACUGGAGGCACCAGUGCCACACGUGCCCUGGAAAUAAAUAAAAUGAUGUCUUUCUGGAGGAAUGCUCAGAAACGUAUCAGUUCCCAGAAGGUGGUGUGGCUGAAAAAGGGAGAAUUGCCCCGAACAGUCACUAGGAGCCUGGAUUUUGAUGAAGAAAAUAAGCACGGUGCUGUACUUCCUCAGGUGGUCACUGCUGGAACGAUCACAAGAAGAGCGGUAGAGCCAACGUGGCUGACUGCCAGCAAUGCACGGGCAGAUCGCAUUGGCAGUGAACUGAAGGCUAUGAUUCAGGCCCCUCCGGGAUAUCACAUCGUUGGAGCAGAUGUGGAUUCACAGGAGCUCUGGAUUGCAGCCAUCCUUGGAGAGGCUCACUUUGCUGGAAUUCAUGGUUGCACUGCCUUCGGAUGGAUGACGUUACAAGGUAAAAAGAGCAGCGGCACUGAUCUGCACAGCAAGACGGCCUCCACUGUGGGAAUAAGUCGAGAACAUGCCAAGGUCUUCAAUUAUGGUCGUAUUUAUGGUGCCGGGCAGCCCUUUGCUGAACGUCUGCUGAUGCAGUUUAAUCAUAGACUCACUCAGGAAGAAGCGGUGGUGAAAGCCAAACAAAUGUACGCAGCAACAAAGGGAGUCAGGAGGUACAUCUUGUCUGAAGAUGCAGAGUGGCUGGUACAAGAGCUUGAGAUCUUAGUUGAGCGAGGAGAGGAAAAUUCUGUGAGCUUGGAUGAUGUGCGGAAGAUACAAAUACAGGCAUCAUCGAAAUCCAGGAGAAAGUGGAACUUGAUCAGUCGUAAAAUAUGGACCGGAGGUACGGAGUCGGAGAUGUUCAACAAGCUGGAGAGUAUAGCUAUGAGCCCUACACCUAGUACACCAGUACUGGGAUGUCAUAUUAGCAGAGCGCUGGAACCAGCUACUGUGCAAGGGGAGUUUAUAACCAGCAGAGUGAAUUGGGUUGUACAGAGCUCGGCUGUGGACUACCUCCAUCUGAUGCUGGUGGCCAUGAAGUGGCUUUUUGAGGAGUAUGACAUAGAUGGGCGUUUCUGCAUCAGUAUCCACGAUGAGGUGCGCUAUCUAGUGUGUAGUGAGGACAGAUAUCGUGCAGCAUUGGCUCUCCAGAUCACAAAUCUGCUAACAAGGUGUAUGUUUGCUUACAAACUGGGAAUGAUGGAUUUGCCUCAGUCGGUGGCGUUUUUCAGUGCAGUAGACAUUGAUCGCUGUCUUCGAAAAGAAGUGAACAUGGAUUGUGCAACCCCAUCAAACCCAACUGGUGUAGAACAGAAGUACGGCAUUCCUCCUGGUGAAGCUUUGGAUAUCUUUGAGAUCGUUAAGCUAACUAAUGGUGUUUUGAAAAAAGGGAGCUAA